AAUAGUUCGACCAUGGUCUCCGCUGCGCUUCCAAAAUUAAAUUGACAAAAGACGGUCUUGGCAUAACAUUACGGAGCAACGGAUAAUGACAGCAUCCGAAUCCGAUACAUUUCCACAAAAGCUCAGCUCAGCUGUAACAUGAUCACUAUGGAAGUAUCGAAAUAAUUACCUGGCAAGUGGUAACAGCAACAAGUAUCGAAAUAAUCAAGGCAAAGGAAUAAUUUUCGUAGUCGGUACUAACGUGAAAACUUACUUUGUUAAUCAAUGACGUUUUACUUUUAGAGUGAAGAUGAGCAAGUCAAGGUUGACAGUUGACUGAAAAGUUUGUGCGAGAUUGCAACUUCUUGUGAUGCCAUUCGAUUUUUUUAAUAUUAUUGUUGUACUAAGGAACUAUCUUACCAGCUUACCUUGCCAAAAAUCUCUCUACUUGCUACUGAGUGUACCUAGCAUUAUUUAAAUACUGUUAUCUCCUGCUGAUCACCAUUAAGAUUAAUGAGUUGAAAACUUCAAUUGUUUAAUGUUGUAACUUGUAACAUUGUUAAUGUUAGAAAUAACAGAAAAAUGGACUUAAGACAACAAUUGCCAGGUGGGAUGCGGUGGAAGAUGCACUGUGAGCAUUUUGAGACGAUAGCCACCAUCAUCUUGCGUAUCCCUGGCUACUUUGUUCUCAACUUCUGGUGGGAGUUUGACAUUGCAAAUUCUGUUCCACGCUCCAUGGCCUGGUCUGAUGUUGUGUCAUCUGGAUUUGUUGUAUUUGUUCUAAUUCAGGGGCUGUUGUUGCUGCUUCUGCCACUCCGUCAGCUGGUAACGCUGUACAUGCACUACCUCACAAUAGCCGUACUGGCUGCUGCAGAUAUGUUCUCCCGCUAUUAUGUCUCGUCAGAGAGCACCAGAGUUGAAGAAUGGCCCAGAUAUGAAGCUGUGGUUUUCCAGGGCUUCUCCAACAUAGUGGUUCCUCACAAGCCUCUUUUUGACGACGAUCCCGCCGAGUCUUCCUUCAUGAGACAACAAAUAUCAGCCAUAGUCUUCCAUACAAUUGUGGCCUGCUUCGUAACUUUCUUCCUCGACCUCAACAACAACAGGGAAAAGAUCCUCCUGUUGGUGUACGUGGUGCCGGUGUUUGCGAGGCUGGCUGGCCUGCCUGUGCAACAUUUGAUCAUCGUGCACAACUUCUCCUCCUGCUUUGUGCUUUUCCUCACAGUCAUGUACAUCUUUGUGUGCCUCCCUCACGUACUCAAGUUCGUGCGUGACACUUACCUGUCAUUGUGCCUCAUGCUCGAGCUAUACGGCGCCCUGGGGCUGGCGAUGAGCCUCAUCAAUAGGCUCUUUGUCCCAGUUCAAGUGCUCCUUUUCUGGCUGUCAAUGUACAGCAGCAGCCUCUACGUGAGCGUACUAUCACCUGCUGGAGACGGGAUAGACAGAGAUGACUUGCCUGCAGCAUCUGCUUCUCUGCCUCCCCUGCCCUACAUUCUGCUCCUUUCUGCCGCCAAGGUCUGCUACAAUCCACUGUUGCUGGUGGGCACGUGUACAGCCGUUGGUUACUUAUCUCGUGCACUGCUGUACUGCGCUCAGUGGUUCGUGAUGGGAAGACGCUCGUAUCCCCGUGUCCAGGACCUCACUCAGAACGGCGUUACGGAGGGCGCCACGAUGUUCCUGCUGUCCCUGCAGACUUCGCUGUGUUCCAUUGAGAUGCCUGAUCGCUUCAGUCUUUUCACCGUCAUUUUGCUGAUCGUGCUCUCAUCGCUCAUACAGAGCACCUAUGAGCUCAUCGAGCCUCAAGUAUUGGCACUGAGCGCCCAGGGCGUGGCGCCUGUUUCUCGACAUCUGCGCAUUGUCACCAUGUGUGUUACGCUCUUCGCUUUCCCAGUGUACAUGGUGUACAUGUUCACGCUACUCUUCGAGCAGGAUUUCUGGCUUCUACUUGUGGUGUCAACGAGCGUCAUGACUGCCGUGCAAGUCGUUGGUCUGUUCUCCACCUACUGCCUGCUCACCUACGAUGCUCUGUGCGCUCAGGAUUGGCCAGGCCUUGAUGACGUCAUAUACUACAGCCGCGCUACGACCCGCGUCUUUGAGUUCUUGGUGGCGGUAUUUGUGGUGGGUGCGGGCAUCAAGGAAACAUUAGCCGGCCAGUGGACGCUCAUGAACAUCCUGGUUCUCAUCAUUCACUGCUAUUUCAAUGUGUUCCAGCGUCUGCAGCUUGGCUGGAAGAGCUUCUUGCUCAGACUUGAAGCUGCGAAGAAAAUAUCUGCACUACCCGAUGCUACGCAAGAAGAGCUCGACAAGUACAACGAUCUUUGCUCUAUAUGUUUCUCGGAGCUGCAGAAUGCUUGCAUUACUUCAUGUAAUCAUUUCUUUCACCCACCAUGCCUCAGAAAAUGGCUUUAUGUACAGGACAAGUGCCCUCUUUGCCAAACGAGCAUCACAAUCUCUGGCACCGAGGGCAAAGAUGAUUCUAAUGUUGUCGAUAAUGUAGAACAACCGCCAAGUGUUGCUUCCUCUGCUGCUGUGGACGCUCAUUCUGAGGCUUCAAGCAAUACUGUAAGAAGCACCGAUACUUUGGAAGCAUCAAUAACAGCAGUACCGGUAACUAAAACGCCAGUAGUUAAUGUACAGGAUUCCUCUUCUAUUGAUCCCGUACCUCGUCGCUGCCUGGAGGCAUCGUGCCAGGACGCCCAUGAAGUUGAAACGAUGAGAUCUCUCGCUCAGCCGUCUCGAAAGAGCAUUGAAGAAGAAGUCGGUGCAACUAUACCGAUGAUUCAAGAUUCAGACGACGAGCAACAAUGAAUGAUGGUUGUACGAGACAUCAUGAACAAUAGAAUUGCUGAUGUCGACGAUAUUGUAGUCUAGUUUAACGUAGUUUUUGUUUGAUCUAGUCAUGGCUGGGAUAAUUAUUUUCAUUACUAAAAUUCUUGCCUAUUUCAUUUGUGAACCUUCCAUGAAAUUUUAUUACUUUCUGCUUUUGGGCGCUUCUAAUUUAAUAUCUUAUGAUAUCAGUUAAAUUUGUUAUUAAUUUCGAGCGUCAAACAUGCGUUCCAACUCAUAUCAACCUACAUUUCAGAUAUUUUUCUCAGUUAACUUUUGCGCUUUUCUUUAAGUUUCAAGCAGGAAUAAGACGCUCAAUUUAACUUCUGUGUGAUUGCUUGAUUUUCUGGUGCAUAUGUUGUCGAGUUGUGCUGCUGAAUUGUUUGCCCACUCCAUUUCAAAUAGAAGUUGUUUCCAACCUGAAUUCAUUCAAAUGGUGUUUUUAUGUACGUAUUGUAGAUGUUAUUAAAUGUGAA